AUGGCAAAUGUUAAUGUAAUAUCGUCAUGUGUUAUUAGGAUGGAAGGAAAUAACACAAAUCCCAUUUCAAGAUUAGACCUAACUCUAUGGGAUUUGCAAUGGCUCUCACUCGAUCCCAUUCAAAAAGGGAUUCUCUUUAAAAACCCUCAAUCCAAACACACCCUAAUCCCUCAUCUCAAAGCCUCACUCUCCCGCGCUCUCGACUUCUUCCCUCCGCUCGCCGGCCGCCUUUCCACCACCGCCCACGACGACGGCACGAUCAGCUACUUCCUCAACUGCAACAAUGCCGGAGUCAAGUUCGUCCACGCCAUCGCCGCAGCGACAUCGGUGUCGGACAUCUUGGAACCAAAAUACAUUCCUAAAAUAGUAACUUCUCUCUUCGCAGGGAUAGGCUCCCCAAAUUCGGAGGGCAUUUCGAAGCCUUUGCUGGCGGUGCAAGUCACGGAGCUCAUCGACGGCGUCUUCAUAGCCUUAACCGCCAACCAUGUCGUCGUCGACGGUGUCUCUUUUUGGCAUUUUUUCAACUCUUGGUCAGAGAUAUCCCGCGGUUCCAACACCGUUUCGAAAACCCCAGUUUUCGAACGCUGGUACAAUGUUCGCCCCCUCCGUCUUGCGCCGUUGGAGAAAAGCAGCUCCGUUCCACCACUUCCCCCUCUCCUCCAAAGGGUGUUCCAUUUCAGCAAACAAACCCUAUCCAAUCUCAAAGCCAAGGCCAAUUCCGAAGCCAGCACCGACAAAAUCUCAUCUCUGCAAGCAAUUUCAGCUCAUAUCUGGCGCGCCGUUUCCCGCCACCGGUAUUCCGGGAUCAGCCUCGACGAUCUGAGCGGCCGCGAAGAUCCACUGGUGCUGGCAGUCGGCACAAGGGCGCGAGUCCCAUUGCCGGAUGGCUAUUUCGGGGGCGCUGUGAUUAAUGCUAAAUUGAACAUGAGCGCCGCCGAGCUGGUGGGGAAGGGAAUCGGGCACGUGGCAGCGAGGAUUAAUGAGCUGGUGGCGCAGCAUAAUAAGGAGGCGAUACUCAAAAUAAUGGAAGAUUGGGAGAAUUGUCCGACGCUGCUGCGGAGAGGGGCUUACUCUUUCGUCAUAUCAAGUUCGCCGCGGCACAAUGUGUACGGAAAUGAUUUUGGGUGGGGGAAACCGGUUGCGGUUAGGAGUGGGGCCGGGCAGAAGUUUGAUGGGAAGUUGACUCUCUUUCCUGCUCCGGAAAAAGGCGGCAUCAACGUCGAAGUUUGCUUGGAGGCGCAGACGUUGCAGGCGAUGGAACAUGACGCAGAAUUCAUGCAAUGUUCGCCCCCUCCGUCUCCCGCCGCUGGAGAAAAGCAGCUCCGUUCCACCACUUCCCCCUCUCCUCCAGAGGGUCUUCCAUUUCAGCAAACAAACCCUAUCCCAUCUCAAAGCCAAGGCCAAUUCCGAAGCCCCACCGACAAAAUCUCAUCUCUGCAAGCAAUGUCAGCUCAUCUCUGGCGGGGCGCUUCCCGCCAACGGCAUCCGGGGAUCAGCCUCGACGAUCUGAGCGGCCGGGAAGAGCCGUUGGAUACGCUGGUUGGUUCGAGGCCACGAAUCCCGCUGCCGGAUGGCUAUUUCGGGGGCGCAGCGAUUAAUGCUAUGAUGACGAUGAGCGCCGCCGAGCUGGUGGGGAAGGGAAUCGGCCACGUGGCGGCGAGGAUCAAUGAGCUUGUGGCGCAGCAUAGUAAGGAGGCGAUACUCAAAAUCAUGGAAGAUUGGGAGAAAUGUCCGACGCUGCUGCGGAGAGGGACUUAUUACUCUUUGAUCAUACCAAGUUCGCCGCGGCACAAUGUGUACGGAUGUGAUUUUGGGUUGGGGAAACCGGUUGCGGUAAGAAGUGGGCCUGGGCAGAAGUCUGAUGGGAAGAUGACUCUCUUUCCUGCGCCGGAAGGUGGCGGCAUCGACGUCGAGGUUUGCUUGGCACCCGAAAUGUUGAAGGCGAUGGAACGUGACUCGCAGUUUAUUGGAGCUUUCGUUGUUUGA